UGUAACAUAUCGCGCCCACGUGACAUAUUGCGCAGCACGUGGGAGACACCGCUCGCGAUCGCUCUCGAUCGAUCGUCGCAGUUUCGCAUGCGCCAGCUAACUGUGUCGUUCUGUUUUGAUCGUCGGGUUCGGGGAAACAAUCGCAUCGCUAUUGCGUCAUAAUUGUCAAUUAAUCGCACAAGGAUAUUAAAAAAGGAGCAGGAUGUUGUUGGCAGCGAGAAUCUGUCGAGCUGGUGUCUCACCAGGCUUGACGUCCUUCGUCAGGAAUCCGGUCGCAUCGACGACACCGCAGUUCUCCAAGGGUCAAAUUGCGAGAUUAUUCGUUAACGAUGGACGUAGCUCUUACACGAGGACCGCGAGGAGGAGAGCAACCGCAGCGGAGCAAGCGAUGGCACCAGCUGGUGAAACUGCAUUUAAUAUUGGAAAAGGAGCAGUUGCUGGAGGAGCGGUAAUAGGAUUAGGUGCUCUUUGUUAUUAUGGAUUGGGUCUUUCUUCACAAACAGGUGCCAUAGAUCACGCAAGCUUAUGGCCCCAAUACGUGAGGGACAGAGUGAAAUCUACUUACAUGUACUUUGGCACGUCCAUCGCGGCCAGUGCAGCAUCCGCGGCUAUGUGUUUACGUUCUCCUGCUGUGAUGAAUAUGGUGAUGCGCCAGGGAUGGAUCGCUCUGGGCGUAACAUUGGCCGCGAUGAUCGGCAGCGGCAUGAUUGCGCAGGGACUUCCGUAUAAGGAAGGAUUCGGUGCAAAGCAGAUGGCUUGGUUGGUGCACACUGGCAUCGUGGGCGCCGUUUUGGCACCCUUAUCACUUCUAGGUGGACCGUUGGUCCUCCGAGCGGCUUGGUACACCGCCGGUGUCGUCGGUGGCUUGUCAGCGGUUGCAGUUUGCGCGCCUAGUGAUAAGUUUCUAGCUAUGGGUGGUCCACUCGCUAUCGGUUUAGGUGUGGUGUUUGUCAGCUCGCUGGGUUCCAUGUUCCUUCCACCUACGACUAUCCUCGGCUCGGGAUUGCACUCCAUAGCGCUUUAUGGCGGUCUCCUGCUGUUUUCUGGAUUUCUACUCUAUGAUACUCAAAGGAUUAUCAAGCAGGCGGAAACGUAUCCGAUGUACAACACUCACGGCAGAGCAGCGUAUGAUCCUAUUAAUAACGCAAUCUCGAUUUAUUUGGACACCAUUAACAUCUUUGUGCGAAUCUUAUCCAUAUUGGCCGGCGGUGGUAAUAGACGUAAAUAGAGGAAUAGAGGAAUACAACACUAAUGAUGAGUGAUAUUAUAAAAAUAACAUAUAAAUUAUAAUAGAAUAUUUCAAUUUAAUUAUAACAUUUGCUUUAAUAAACUGAUAAUAAUUAUAAAUUG